UUGUUGAUGAAUUUAUCAAUAUACCAAACAAAUGAUAUAUUUUUGUAUAUUAAAUUUUUAUAUAUCACAACUUGUAUCCUUGGAGGAUUCUUAAAGACAUAUUCAGGAUGUCAUAGUAGCAUAAUCUCAUAUUUGGCAAAUGACCCAGUGGCAGUGUUCUGUGUACGAUGACGGUUACUGUAGCACUACUAUUGUUAUCCAUAACAGCUGCUAACUCGCAUUCUUCUUACGGGAACAAUUAUAAGUCUAGUUACUCAAAAUCAAGUUAUGGUUCAAAUUCUGGACAAAAGUGGAAUUCUGGCUACAAAUCAAUAAGUGAUUAUUAUAAGUCUCUAAGUUCGAAAGCAAAAUCUGUUUAUAACUCAAAAGAAAGAUAUAACUGGAGACGAGCCAACUCUGAAGGCUAUAAGUACAACUCAAGAUCUGGUUACAAUUCAAAAGAUACCUUGUCCAAAUUCGCUAAAGGUCUGUCCAAAUCCAGUUCAGAAAAGGCCCAUAAAGAACUUUUUUUUUCAUCUGCUCCUGGACAUUGUAAGCCUAUUUGUCCAUGUUAUAUGAAUGGAAUAAGUUAUGAUCAUGGUGACCGUUGGCAGUCAAAAGAAGAUCCUUGUACAACUUACAGGUGUGGAAAUGGUUUCUACGAAGCUGUUGUACGAGGUGUGAUGUUUAAAGGACAGUGUAAAAAUGUUGGAACUAUAUGGACAGAGGGAUGUUUUACUUAUCAUGUCAGGCUUAUAGGCAACACUCCUAUCUACAGACUGAAAGAAGGAGGCUGUAAAGACGAGGAAGGUAACUGCUGGAGAGUUGGCGACCAGUUCAAGAAAAACUGUAACACAUACGAAUGUCAGAUAGUAGGGACAUGCUAUACUUUAUCGCUCAUUUCUAAAGGUUGUGCGUUUAAUGGUGAAUGUAAAUCAGUCAAUAAAUUUUGGCAUGACGGAUGUGCCAUUUAUCAGUGCAUGGAUCACAGUGGAAAGGCAGAAGAGGUACACAAUGAGAUUAUGUACUGGCCAGAGGGUGAUUAUGGACUACUAAAAUCAAAGUCUGGUUGUCCAGUUGAUGUUGCAGAAGAAUGGUCAGAAGGACAUAGAGGGCAUAUUGGAAGUUUGAAGAAUUAUGUAUCAUUUGAUUUUGACGCCUUUGGAUUGUACAGUAGUUUCGUCUUUAUACAUUAUUUCUGUAUGAAGCGAGAAGUGAAUGAUUCUUCCAUACGUCCUCGAUACCAGACAUAUUGGGAAACAGGACAAUAUUGCAUCAUGAGAAAAAAUGGAACUUGUCCUAAAGGGUUUCAAGAGGGAUAUAUUACCAUGGACGAUGCAGAUAGUUAUGAACAUCUAAGUACCACUAAUGGUUCACUGCCUGAUGGAAGUUAUAAAAAAGACACUACAUUUUAUUUCUGUUGCCGAAAUGAUGGAGAUAUUGAAGUUCCGCUGGUAUUGCCAAAGGAAAGACCAUUUAUUUUGUUUAUGGGAAGUAAGGCGGACGAUUGUCAACAAGUUAGAGGUAUGACACACACCCUUGAAUAUUUUGCUUUUGAUGACGAUGACAAGAAUCCUAUGCCUGUAAUGAAUGGAUCGAUUCCAAUGACAAAGGACGGUGAUAAUAGUACAGAAAUUUACUUUUGUCACUACAAACCAAUGGAUUGUGGAUGUGAUGAUGGGGAUGGCAACACCGUUCUCGUUGGUAACAGAAUAAAGAAAGGCUGUUCUUGGUUUACUUGCAAAGAGGAAGAUGGCUUACGAAUAUUGACAGUGGAUUCAGGUGGUUGCAUGGAUGACAAAGGCAACUGUCGAAAUGAAAGUGAAGUAUGGAUGGCUUCAUAUGGUGAAACAUGUUAUUCAAAGAGAUGUCAUAAAGUUGACAACGGGGUAAAAGUAGAGUUUCAAGUAAAAACAGACUACAGAGGUUGCAAAGAUGAAGAUGUGUGUCGGCCACUUAAUUAUCAUAUUCAAAGGGGAUGCUACAAUUCAGUAUGUACUGCCAGUCGAGGUUCACAAGAUUGUCGUUUCCGAAUGGUUAAAGCAGGUUGUAGUGAUGGUAAGGGAAAAUGUAUUCCUAUUGGUUCUGAAUUUACCAAAAAUUGCUUGACAUACAAGUGUUCAGCAGCAACUACUAAAUGCGGAAUGAAAUUCCUUCGAGGUGCAUGCAAGUAUGACGGUGAAUGUCAUGCAGUUAAUGCAGUGUGGCACCAUGCCGCCUGCCAUUGGUUAAAAUGUACCAUGACAAGGAAAGCGACUUCUGUAUCAUUCAACAUUGAUUCAGUUGAGCAAGAAUGCAAUUACAAAGGGAAAUGCUAUAAAGCUGGUGAUAAAGUGAAGGAAGGAUGUUCCUCGAAACAAUGUAUUAUUGAUAAAGAAAAGAAGGUCGCUUAUAUGAGCACAGUUGCUGGAGAAUGUGCAUACAAUGGCAAAUGCUAUAAGGCUGGAGACAGAGUUACAGAAGGAUGUUACACAAAACAGUGUAUCUUUGAUAUAGAUAAGAGGGCUACUUACAUGAAUAUCGUUGAUGGAGGUUGUAAGUUUAAUGGAAAAUGCAUUGGUGUUAACAUGACUUGGAACAGUGGAUGUACAGAAUACACAUGUCGUUGGUACAAGAAUGGUUUCCGUCAUGUUUUCAAACAGGAAGUAAAACAACAAAAAUGUCGGUUUCAAAAUGAUUGUGUUGAGGAAGGUGCUUGGAGAAAAUAUGGUUGUGUUGAUUAUGAGUGUAGUAUUAAAACGACCGACAAAGCACAAUAUGCUUCAAUGAAUCCAGUUACUUAUGCCUGUAAAGAUAAAAACGGGAAUUGCCUUGCCAUCAAUGAAGAAAUAGAAGAGGAUUGUUCACUCUAUAGAUGUGAAAGCCAGGCAAACAGCAAAUUUCCACAGUUGGAAAGAGUUGGAGGAGGAUGUAAAGUCAAUGGUGUUUGCAAAGAUGAGAACUCAGUCUGGACUGAAGAAAGUUCCUGCGUUGAUUAUAUAUGUGAACGAGAGAAGAGAAGUGGUAACACAAUUUAUAUGGUACAAAGACCAGUAAAAGUUGGUUGCCGCCAUGAUGGUAUAUGUCGUUACAAUGGCGAGAAGUGGCCAUUAGCCAGCAGACCAUGUUUUCAAGUAGAAUGUACAGUAACCAAAACGCCUGGCAGCCCACAUAAUUUUAAACGACUACUAAAGACAUCACCAAGUGGAUGUGUCGUAAACGGAAUAUGCCGUGAAUAUGGAUACACAAACUAUGUUGGAUGCAUACAAUAUAAGUGUCAGUGGGAUGAAUUAAGACGAAUGGCAACAUACAAAUAUGUCAAAGGAGGUUGUAAAGAAUACACAACUUCAAACUGUCAUGACGUUGGCGCAGAAUGGACUGAAACCUAUGGAAAAACAACAUGUUUGAAGAUGAAAUGUAAAAAGUCAGGCAACUCAUUCACUUAUGAUGUGGGCUAUUUGUGCCAGGACGCUGAUGGGUAUUGUGUAAACCCAGGACAAAAAUUUGAAGCUUUAGGAUAUAAUGGACAGAGGCGUACAAAUUGUUACUGUAAACAAAGUGGAAGUCAUGUUUCAACCGUUUGUAGCUCCAGUCAUAACUAUUGAUAUGAUUACAAAGCAAUAUUUAUGUGAAAGUUAAAUAAAGUAGGGUGGAAAAAUC